AUAAAUUAUUAUUAUUAUUUUGUGCUUAUGAAUUUGGACGUUGCAAGGUCGACAGGAUUCAGAACCACUAUACGGGUUGACAGUGUAGUUCGGCCGACGUCGUCUUCGUCAAUUACAAUCUUACCUACAACAUUUUGCCGUUAAAAUUUCGGUUUCACAUUACGCCGUCUACAAUUUCAUCGAUUAAUUGAUUUUCACCGCAAAAGGACGACCUGUCAACACUCCAUCGGCGCGGCGUUUUGUGUAUGCAAAUCCAAUGCUUCCUUGUCGCACGCACAGGUCUGAGAUCAAACCAAGGUGUGAACGAUUGAUCGAUAUUAAAAAUUAAAAUACCUAUACACCUGCAGAAACGCCAUGAUCUAAUGUCAGCGGCACGACGCACAGUAGAAAUAUUUGAAAUAUUAAACAAUUUAUUUUAUUUGCAAUAAUUAUAUUGUUAACGAAGAGAUUACAUUAAAACACAAACACUUAUUUUAGCAGUAUCAAUGAUUUUUACUCAAAAAAUAUUCUAGAAGAUGAACGUAUUUAAACAUACUCAUGUUCAAUAAUAUGCAUACAAAUACUAGGAAAAUGAUAUUUUAUCAGAAUAAUGAAAGAAUAAUGAAGAAAAUAAAAAAGACAUGUUUCCUAGAACAAAGAAUUCCUCAACUGGUGGAACUUCAAUGUGUGUUUAAAGUUAACGAUUUAUUCUGUUAUAGAUGAGUCCAGUACGAGUACUUGCCGUAUGGACAUCGUGUGUGCGAUAAGAAAUGACGGAUAGCAAUAUUAUGUUGACAAUAUUCUUGAUGACGUCUGUGUUGGCCGUUUACAGCCAAUCAAAUUUUCAGUCGCAGCUAUGGGUUACGAAAAUUUUGUCCGACGCUUUGGACGAAUACACGCCUGAUGGAGGGAUAGUGUGCAAACGUCAUGGACUGGAGUAUCGAGAAGGGUUGAGAGACCUUAAAUUGUGGGCGAUUCAAAUGUAUGACGCGUCAUCUAAAUUUCCUACGGGGAUCUUAGCUGGGAGAUCUUUUGACUUUGGAAAUUUUGAUGAAUGUUUAAAAACUGUUACUACUGAUUUGGAAUUAAGUCCUCAAUAUUGCAUUAUAAGUAUUCGUUUUUUACCUACUGCGAAAUUGUAUCCAAAUUAUAACAACAUAACACCUUCUAAUCUAAAUCCAACAGACUCUGUGUGGGAAUCUACUAAGAAUGAUUCUGGUUUGAUGAAAAUACAACGCAACGAAAUCAAUACAGCACUCUGUGUACCUUCGUCGUGUUCAGAUUCAGAUAUACAGACAACAUUAUCACCUAAAAUAAUUUCUGCAUUUCAUAAACAUCAACUUAUAACCACUGUUACUGUGAAUUCAAUUUAUUGUACUACUCAACAGGAACUCCAACCACCAAAGUUAUUGGGAUAUCGAAUAUUUUGGUAAAACAUAUUAAAAUUCGUAAAUUAGUCAUUGAAU